AGUGCGACUGCUUGUAGAGCACUCUAGCCUCGUCUAAAGCAGCUCGGGGAUUUCAACAGAGCUGGGCUCAGAAGCCAGUUGUUGGCGCUGUCCGUGGUGCUGAGGAAUUCCCGGCUGCCGGCAGAAUGAGCUCCAAAUCAGCAAUCUGCAAACUGCUCUUACUGAUGCAGAAACCCAGCUAAAGUUGCUCCUUUCCUUCACGUCCACAGUUAGUAUUUUCCGGUGUGUAACAGGGGAUUCAAGCAACAUACUGUGGACGAUGGUGAUGGUAUUGCCAGCGGAGUGGGCUUUAAGCUACAGCAUGCUGUUGCUGUUUGUGAUCCUCCGAGCCUAGCCAAAUCACCUCUACUGCCGUAGCAAACACUGUGUAAGUGAACUCAUGUGUGGAGGAGGCGUAAUCAGCCGGGAAAUUUCAUAGAAGGAUCUAAGAAAAUGCUAAAAAUAAGUUCAACAUGAUUCUGCUACUGGGGUCUGGAUUUCUACAGGACCAGCAUUGCUUCUUGCUUUGAAUUCUGAAGACAGGUCGAAAGCAAAUUUCUUAUGUGUUUCUGCUGUGUUUCUUUCUGGAAGGGCGGGAGACUGCUUCUUUACUGUGUUUUGAAAUGGGAGGUAGAAAGAAUGGAUUGCCUUUAAUUCAUGCCUAAAAAUGUAUUCUUUGGGUAAUUAAAGAGGAACUGCUUUCUUAAAACAUAGCUGACCUUUUAGUUCAUUUUGGGCUGUGACCCCUACCACCACCAUUAACCUCCAGAGUGAUUAGCCUACCCCUCUUGUAUUCCCAUGGAAGGAGCUGAGUGUAUUUAAUAUUAGGAGUACAUCCAGAAGUCUUUGAAGAGGGGGAUGGCUCUUCAUAUUCAUGAAGCUUGCAUACUUCUGUUGGUCAUCCCUGGAUUGGUCACCUCUGCUGCUAUCAGUCAUGAAGACUAUCCUGCUGAUGAAGGUGACCAGAUCUCCAGUAAUGACAAUCUGAUCUUUGAUGACUAUCGAGGGAAAGGGUGUGUCGAUGACAGCGGCUUUGUAUACAAGUUGGGAGAACGAUUUUUCCCCGGGCAUUCCAACUGUCCGUGUGUCUGUGCUCUAGAUGGACCUGUUUGCGACCAACCAGAAUGCCCUAAAAUUCACCCAAAGUGUACUAAAGUGGAACACAAUGGAUGCUGUCCUGAGUGCAAAGAAGUAAAAAACUUCUGUGAAUAUCACGGGAAAAAUUACAAAAUCUUGGAGGAAUUUAAGCCCUCUCCAUGUGAAUGGUGUCGCUGUGAGCCCAGCAAUGAAGUUCACUGUGUUGUAGCAGACUGCGCAGUUCCUGAGUGUGUCAACCCAGUCUAUGAACCAGAACAAUGUUGUCCUGUCUGCAAAAAUGGUCCAAACUGCUUUGCAGGAACUACAAUAAUUCCAGCUGGCAUUGAAGUGAAAGUGGACGAAUGUAACAUCUGUCACUGUCACAACGGGGACUGGUGGAAGCCUGCUCAGUGUUCAAAACGUGAAUGCCAAGGCAAGCAGACUGUGUAGGACAAACUUCCAACCAACGACAAGUUCUUAGGAAAGGAUGCUAUGGCUUCAACACUGCACAUGUUUAACACAAAACAAAACAAACUCCUGCCAGCUACAACAGGGUCACCAGCAAAACCUUCUAGGGUUGACAAAAGUGAAUAUUUUACUAAGAGGAAAUUUCUCUUUCUCUCUUGCUAUAUAAAAUAUAUAUAGUAUAUAGCUAUCUAAAUCGCUUUUGUAUUUACCAAUGCUUGAUGGUGACUUGACGAACGGAUUUCU